AUGAAUAUUAUUGUUUUAUUACCGGAAGGUGAAGUGCUGGAAAAGAUACUUUAUGUGGCCUUAAAGCGUUGCCAGGGCAGAUUGUUUGCUCUAUUGGAACAAAAACCGGCAACUUUGAAUCAAUUGAAUGAAUACAUGCCAAAAAUAUACGAAAUUGCUUAUCGCUAUAAUGAGGAUUUGGAUGUAAACGUUGUGUAUCAGGAUCCUCAUAUUCCAGGCUGUACCUUGAUAAAGCAUAGCUCAUCGGUCAGAAACCUGGAUUACCCAACUAUCACUGUCCUUGAUUCUGACUUGGAUCUUGUGGAACCGCAUAUCUCCACAAACUCUGCUAUUUCCACCACGGUGAAUUCAUCCUAUCAGCAAUAUCAGGUUUCAGCUGUAGGAGGCACUUUUGAUCAUUUACACAGUGGACAUAAAAUGCUCUUGACCGCCUCUGUGUUUGUCACUGCAAGACUACUUAUAAUAGGAGUGACUGGUCCGGAACUGUUGAAAAACAAGAAAUAUGCUGAAUGCUUGGAGAGCUACGAGACGAGGGUGAAAAAAGUUGAAGCAUUUAUCAAGUUGAUCGACCCCAAUUUGCAGAUCGAAAUUCAUCAAAUCAACGAUAUAUGUGGACCUACUGCGAGCGUUAAAGAUAUAGAUGCGCUCGUUUUAAGCUCGGAAAGUGUGAAAGGUGGUCAAUACAUCAAUAAGGUCAGGAUGGAAAAAGGCUUCCCAGAGUUAGAGGUGGUGCAAAUAGCAACUUUAGGAGGUGACGAGGCCGAUGGAUUUCAAAACAAAUUGAGUAGCACUCAGCUCCGAAAGAUGGAUUAUGAACGACGCCAGGUUUCUCAGCAUUAA